AUGGCCAGAACUAAGCAAACAGCUCGCAAAUCCACCGGUGGAAAGGCGCCCAGGAAGCAGCUAGCCACAAAGGCUGCCCGGAAAUCUGCUCCGGCCACCGGAGGAGUGAAGAAGCCCCACAGGUUCCGUCCCGGAACGGUUGCCCUGAGAGAGAUCAGGAAGUAUCAGAAGAGCACUGAAUUGCUCAUCAGGAAGCUCCCAUUCCAGAGGCUGGUGAGGGAAAUCGCACAGGAUUUCAAGACGGAUCUGAGGUUCCAGAGCAGUGCUGUGGCGGCUCUCCAGGAGGCUGCUGAGGCGUAUUUGGUGGGUCUGUUUGAGGAUACCAAUCUCUGUGCCAUCCAUGCCAAGAGGGUCACCAUCAUGCCUAAGGAUAUUCAGUUGGCCAGGAGAAUUAGGGGUGAAAGGGCUUAA